GCCGCAGAUUCCCCACCAAUCCUCCUACCUCCAAGCGAAACAACUCGCCACCACACACCCCCGCAGCUCUCCCCGGCGAAGCAGCCGCGGCAUCGAUGGCCCCCAAGGCGGAGAAGAAGCCGGUGGCCGAGAAGGCCGAGAAGAGCACGGCCGGGAAGAAGACCAAGGCCGAGAAGCGGCCGCCGGCGUCCAAGGAGGGCGGCGAGAAGAAGGGCAAGAAGAAGUCCAAGAAGAGCGUGGAGACUUACAAGAUCUACAUCUUCAAGGUGCUGAAGCAGGUGCACCCCGACAUCGGCAUCUCCUCCAAGGCCAUGUCCAUCAUGAACUCCUUCAUCAACGACAUCUUCGAGAAGCUCGCCGGCGAGUCGGCCAAGCUCGCGAGGUACAACAAGAAGCCCACCAUCACUUCCCGGGAGAUCCAGACGUCCGUCCGCCUCGUCCUCCCCGGCGAGCUCGCCAAGCAUGCCGUGUCGGAGGGCACCAAGGCCGUCACCAAGUUCACAUCCGCGUAGAUUGCAUGUUUCCCUGUCUUCUUGGUCGAUCGAUGGUUCCUCCUAGAUGUAACUUGUGCUGUUUGUGUGGCAACACACCGUUUCAUUAUCUCGUGAAAUUGCAGCGGUGCUAAUUUGUUCUAUCCAUCAUAUCCUUGUUCUGGUUGUCUGAGUAGUCCUUGGCUCCUAGCUAUAAUCCUGUUUCUGAAUUCA